UAUAUAAAGGGGUGUGUGGGGCUUUUGGGUAUUUACGGGUAGAGAGUUGGCGAGCUUGAUUACAUUUUAUUACUUAUUAGUGAUAAUUUAAUUUGUGUUCAGUGCGACUAAAGUUAUGGGGAGGAAGCCUUGCUGUGACAAACUUGGAGUGAAAAAGGGGCCGUGGACAGCUGAGGAAGACAAGAAACUCAUCAACUUUAUUGCCACCAAUGGCCAGUGUUGCUGGCGUGCUGUUCCCAAGCUCGCCGGCCUCCGCCGCUGUGGCAAGAGCUGCCGUCUACGGUGGACUAAUUAUCUUCGCCCUGACUUGAAGAGGGGCCUUCUUUCCGAGGAUGAAGAACAGCUGGUCAUCGACCUCCAUGCCCGUCUUGGCAAUAGGUUUAAAUUUUAAUCAUCUCGUUUUCUAGCUAAAG